AUGUAUGAUUAUAAAUGUGACAUCAAGUUGAAAUGUGGGAAUGCUAAUUUUAAAGCACAUCGAGAGGUUUUGUCUGCGGCCAGCGACUAUUUCUCAGCCAUGUUUAGUCAUAAUAUGAAGGAAAAGGAACAAGACGUGAUUGAGUUGAAAGGAAUCAGUCCUGCCGGAAUUUCAGUCAUCUUAGAUUAUUUCUAUCAUGGAUUCGUCACCAUUGAGCCCACUAAUAUAGAAGACAUUUUGGAAGCGGCACGAUUUUUUCAAGUUGAAUGGUUGGUUGAAGUCUGUUGUAAAUUUUUAGUACAUCAUUUAGGAUUGGAUAAUUACACUGAAGUCUUGACUUUAUCGGAUAAAUACUUUCUCGGUGAUCUAAGAUGGGAUAUUUUCCGUUUCCUUGGAAACAAUUUGCCAGAGCUUGCCAAAACUCCAACCUUUUUUGAAAAUCUGUCUUUGGAAUUGCUGUCUUCAUUUCUGAAAGAAGAUGUCUAUAUCGACACCACUGAGGAUUAUCUUCUGUACAUUUGCCACAAGUGGGUGAAAGCCGAUCUGGAAAAGCGUGAAGCUUAUCUCUUGCCAUUACUAAGAUUAAUUCGAUUCCCACUGAUG